AAAUGAAACGACAAAACCGAAAACACCGCACGAUCCGUCAGUCCAUAUUUUUGUCCUGAAUGGGUAUUCCGCGCUGUGACGUAAUCAGGUCGGGUUUACCGGAAACGGAUACUGUGUAAAUGCGUCAGCCAACGAGGAAGCGGCUAUUGCUUACUUCCAGGCGUUUCAAAUUUGUUCUUGUUUCCUUUCAGAAAGGUUUCUUAGUUUCUUUUCUGAUGUAGUUAAACCGCUGUUACGGCGUUGUUUUGCUCAGUUAUGUAACGUAGCUUGUUGGCUCAUUGCAUGCAAAUAUGAAGUGUCUCCUACACCAGCCUGCUUGCGCUGCUAGCUAAAUUCCUGCAUCUAGGUAGCUUGUUUGUUUACGUAUGCUAGAUCACACUCUAAAACGUGGUCUGUUGCAUUCCUACAAAACGUGCAGAUAACCUACAGAAGUACUGCUGUUUUUCACUGAACAUAAAACAACAAACAAGAACUUCGUACUGAAUUAGACAAACUACCCGUGUUCCACACGUAGAGUAAUGUGCUGUCAACAUAGACUGUUGUUUGUUAGCCAGCUAUCUCCAGUGACAAUGUGUUAUAUGCAUCAGUUCUAAUAUUUUGAGUAUUUGUGAAGGAAGGGGUACUGUUGUAAAGAUUUAAAAAAUUUAAAAAUUGCUUGACAUAGAAUAGGUGCAAUCUAGUGUGUGGGGUGUUCAGCGCUAUCGUUGUUAUCUGCACAUUUGCUGUGUAUUGGUAUUCCUCGCUGGCGUGAGUGUGUUUGCUGACUCUGAGAUGGGGGUGAAGGGGCUGCAGGGGUUUGUGGAGAAUGCUGUACCUGGAGCCUGUGUACAGGUGGACCUGAGGGAAAUGGCAGAGCAGCACAGGCGGGCGAAGCCGGGACAUGUCCCCACACUGGCCGUGGAUGGGAUGGCCUGCCUGAGGCUCUGGUAUAGUUGCCAGGCCUGGGUGCACGGAGGCCAGUGGAGGGAGUAUCUGCACCUCCUGGAGGAGUUUGUGGCCUCCUUUACUGCUGCGGGAAUCCGUUUGGUGUUUUUCUUUGACGGCGUGGUGGACGAUGACAAGCGGAAGGAGUGGGUGAGGCGAAGGCUGAGGGUGAACAAGGACGUGGCCCGAGUUUUUCAGCACAUCAAGCUCCACGGACAGCAGCCCGGCAGGGACCUGCUCUGUCUCCCCUCAGGCCUGGCCACCUUCUCCACGUUCGCCCUCAAGUCACUGGGGCAGGAGACCUGGAGCACCACGCGCGAGGCUGACUAUGAGAUCGCCAGCUAUGCCCUGCAGAAUGACUGCAUGGGGAUCCUGAGCCAGGACUCGGACUUCCUGAUCUUCGACACUGCGCCGUACUUGUCCGUCUCCCGGCUGCGGCUGGACAGGCUGUGCACGAUGCAGCUGUGCCGCGACACAUUGUGUCGCACUCUUGGGCUGCACCCCGGCGACCUCCCACUGCUGGCCUGCGUUCUGGGGAACGACACCGUCCCUGAGCAGCGUCUGCAGUGUCUGCGCAGUAAAUGCAUGGCUGAGUACCGCAGCAGGCUCUCUCAAACCCCAAACCAUGGCAAGGUGUUUGCUGUAGCCGAGUUUAUCAGCAGUAACCGCCCCUCCAGUGGCGAGGCCGAAGGUAUUGUCCGACUGCCACUGUCGGACAUCGACCGGGUCCUGCUUGAGGAAGGAGUGCGGAAGUAUCUACUUCCAGGUCAAAGGUCACCUUGGGUGAACUCUGACAGUCCUUCCCCUCCCCUCGUAUGUGAGAUGGAGAGGUUUUCCAGUGCUGAUAUCAUGCAGGCAGCAAAAGAAAAGCACAUUAGAGCAGAGUGCUUCAUAGUCUACAAUGUCCUGUACGACGGUGUGGUUGAGUGCAGUAACACGCUGGAGGAUGAGGAGGAAACGGAUCUUCCCCCCCAGGCUCUGCUGUAUCGGCCUGCCAGAGAGCGGCUGUACGGCCUUCUGCUGCCCACACCUGCAGGCUCCAGUCCAGCUCCUGCAGUAAAGGAGUGGUUUGUCUUUCCUGGAAACCAACUUAAGGAGCCAGACUUAGUGUCACCUGUUCCGCUGGGCCAGCCAGGAGGAAACCCAGAUUUGAGCGUCCUGUGGUUUGGAGAAGGUGCGACCGUGACGGCGCUCCGUGUGACCGCAUUCCUCGCCAUCUUCAGCCUGCAGGACUUCGCAGAGGACCUGCAGCAGCUGGAUACGCCCCUUAUGGCCGUGGGCCUCCUCCUCAUUUACAUCUCACUGCAGGAUAGUCACCUUUCCUUGGAAGAUGUGGAUGCGUAUCUCAGCCAAGCCGUCUGUAUGAGGGGCAAGUCAUACACUGAGCUCCUUUCUACCAGGGUGUCGGUUGUGGACUCGAGGGCUGUUCAGCUGGGCUCGCUCUUUGUUCGGGGGCUGGCGGUCCUCAUUGCAGCCAACAGUGCCUGCGGCUUCCCUUUCCUCUCAGAUCACCUAAUGCCCUGGAACACCUUCGACGGGUUUCUCUUCCACUCAAAGUACCUGCAGGCCCACCGUGGGAGUACUGAUGGAGAGCUACUGGAGGGCAAUGAUUCCUGGGUCUCACAGUUCCGGCAGCUGAGAGAGCUGGUGCUUAGCGUCUGCAGGAGGAGAGGAAAAGCUAUCCUCAGCGCACCACGGAGAGUGGCUGCAGCCUCUUGGAAACCGAUGGGUAGAGAAGACAAUCCAACAGAGAAAAGACCCCAGCACUUCAAAUAUGCAGAGCAGCCCUGUCCCCCACCCCAAAACUACAGGGUCCAGAGCAGAGGCCCCAGGCCUGACAUGCAAGAAUGUGGUUAUGGACCCAGAUCAAGGCGCCCAGGCAGGCAGCGAUACCGGCUUGCCCCACGGUGGCCCCAGCACCCAAACUCCAGGCCCUACUUCCCCUGAUCCCCAGCGGCUCAGAGACCCAGGCCUGAAGAGAAGACCACUGCAGUUCUGCUGCAGGAAGCCGCUGCUGCUGAGGCAGCCCCUUAUGGAAACAGACAGGCAGAUGUGCUGUAGGACAGGACAGAUCAUCCAUGGGCUGGUUUUGAAUCAGCUGGAGCUGUUUGCUGUUGCAGCAGUGUGGACUCUUUGCCUCACCGUCUCACAGCAUGUUAGUUAAUCUUAGUGCAAACCUGGAAGUCUUUUAAAGUUCAGUCCAGCCUGUGGAUGUGAGCUAGACUCUCUGGGCUCCCCACAGACAGAGGGAAGGAAGUAUUCCUAUAUCAAUAAUAUUUUCAGAAUUAUUAUUUGUAAUAGCUUUAGUAGUGAUUAUAAUAUAAUAAUACAGUAGAGUAGGGGCUAGACAGAUGGGACUGAUGGAGGAGAAGACUGAGAGUUUAGAGGAAAUACAGCAGGUGAUGGAACACUGCAAAGGGCAGAUUGUUUCCACUCAGAUUAGCAUCUCAAAUCCCUGAGAAGGUCUUUAAAUACCAAAAUGCAGAGAUACCCCUCCUUUUGUUGAAUGUUUUUUUGGGGGGGUCAUGUUACUGUAAAUCUGUAAAGCGCGCUGCAUGCGACAGCCCCUCAAAUCUGAGAGAGAGAAAUCUCAGAGGAAGGAAGCUUGUUUUGGUCAAAGGAAGAUAUUAAAACGCUGGACAGGUUUGCACACUGUAUUAUUAACUCAAACAUCUUAUUGAACCCUUUAAAAGAGAUUUUCACACCUCUCGCCAUCAGAUAUUGAGAGGCUCAGCAUAGUUUAUCUUCCCAGAGCUUCUCAGUGCUUGUCAGACACUUUUACAUACCUUUGUUGGACAAACAAAGCAAAACAUAACCAAGUGGAAACGGGGGCGGUCCAGUAGCACCCAGAAGUCCUGCUUAUUGUGGAAUACCUCUGAGGAACUUCUAUAAAUGCAUCACUGUAACCAUUAGCCAAUCAGCGCGCCUGACUGCCCUGACCCCUGCUUUUAUUAAGGUUUGUCAAACACAGGUACUUCAGCUGAAGUAGCUCAUGCAGGUAGGGGAGACUGGGGGACUCGGGCUUAUGGAGGGUAGGGGGUUACCGGCCCCUUUUCAACACCACAAGGUGAUGAUUUGUGAGUGUGGGGGUGUUGACUACACCCCCCACCCCCUCCCAGACGGGCGAGCACCUGCUGAAGUGCUAAUUCACCACAGGCCUCUGGACCCCCUGCCCCUCCUCCUGCUUUUAAAUAAGCAGCUGUCGGGGGUGGGAGAGGCCAGACAAAAUCAUCUGGAGCCUGAAAUUAGACAGGAGGCCGAGAGGCUUCCAAAUCAGCAGCGGAGAGAUGUGUGUUUUUCUACGGGUUUUUCUUUGAUUUCACAAAGUGUGGGAAGACUCCAGUGUACCAUGCUCGGUGGGGAAGAGGGGGUGGGGGGAAGAUGAUUGACUGCGAAAGGCAGACUGGGCUGGGCAUCCCUUUCUGGGUGUAAUUAGUCCCAGAAGAUCUCUUAUCUGUUAGCCCUUGUGGCUUGGAUCACGUCCAAGUACACAGGAGGCAUGGCUGCUGAUAGGUUGAGCAUCGGGGAAAUCAUAUGUUCCACCAAUCUGAGUGUUGCUGUUUCAAUUAGACAAACUGAUUGGGGGAAAACAGCAAAAUGGGAACCUGUCCUUUGGAACAAAUGAGGAACAUUAGCAAACUAAAUUAGGGGUUGGGGGUGAUUCUUCAUGUAAUUGGUGGUCUGCAGUGGAAUGGGAGGGGAGCUCAGAGAUGAAAGGGGUUUGUUUAGCUAGUGCCUGCAACAUGUUCAGGAGUCUGUGUCCAGAAGCCCAGGAAGGUUCCCAAAAGCCUCGUAAAUGUCCGAUAACAGCCUUUUGUUUGGGCCUUUCCUGUUGAAUAUACCGGCAGUCCUAACUAGAGGCCGUUAAACCACUCAAGACUGUUUCACUGAACCGCUUUCAUUCACAAACUGAUUUAUUUUUGUCAGGCCACAAUAUUACAGCUUCUUUUUUUUAAACUUCAUACUCAAAGUGAUUUAUGUACACUUAAAUAUAAUCUCUCUUUCAGACAGGUUUCCAUUCAUAACACUAUCGACUGCUUAUUUUUUUAUCAGAUAUUAUAAACCACCAAUUUUCCAGCUGGGCGCCAUAAAACAGUCCGGAGCGGAAAUAGGAUACGGGCAAAAUUCCUGCGCUCAAGUCGCCACAGCGGAGCUCUUUCCCUUAUCCACCUGACCCGAAAUGCAAACUGGAACAGAAAACAAAGCUAUGCGAACAGACGGCCUGAUGCUUCCGGGCUAGAUAGCAUUUAGAUCUUAAUGAACUUGGAAGAGGACAGGGAAUUGGAACACAUGGCAUUCUGUGCUCUAUGCUUUCAAACUCCAUAGCCUGCACUCUACAUUUUGGGAAUCCACAGUUCUGCCUGCACUCUAUGGUUUGGGAAUUCAUAGUUCUGCCUGCACUCUAUGGUUUGGGAAUCCACAGUUGAGCCUGCACUCAACAGUUUGGGUAUCUAUAGUUCAGCCUGCACUCUAUGGUUCGGGAAUCCACAAUUGAGUCUUCACUCUGUGGUUUGGUUUUUGCAGGGAGAAAGUGCAGAUGAUGCGUCUCCGAGCCGCUCUGGCAGAGCUGUGUGCAGAGGGAAAAGCAGCACAUCCUUCUAUCAGUGAGUUUCACAGCCUGCUUCAUGCAUGUAAUGAGGGUGAAGCUUCACGGGUGCCCACAGUAAAUAUGGCUGCUGCCAGAGGCGCAGUGGCCGGGGCUGAGCGGGACAGGCCCGGAGGUGCCCACCAGACACGGGUGCUGCGGUCAGGCCCGUGACGGGGGUGUGGCCGUCACGCUAGGGGGCGGUCCACCACAGACUCCUGGCCUUGGCGCGGCGUGGUCCUCAUUUCCUGCACGGGUGGGCGGGGUCAGCAGGCAGAGCGGAGCCAAAAGUCACUCGUAAUUUUUUUCUGGCAAGCCCUGGAGAACGAAAGAGAGGGAGACGCUGCAGUUUGUGUUUCUGUCGGUCAGAUGUGGCAAGAGCUCUCAGGGAGAAAGGGGUCUGGCACAGAGGGCUGUGCACACCAGCGGACAUCAUUUUAGCCUUUUCUGUUUAUUUUUAUUAUUAGCAGUAAGUUCAUGCUGUGUGCUUCAAUAAAACACGCUGUGCUUAACGGCUACCCCAAACCUCGCUGUGUAAGAGGGACGAAGGGUCCAAUGAAUCAGUGGCAGUUAGGAUAAUUAUAGAUUUGUUUUCUAUCUAUUUUCAGACAUUGACCUCAUGCUGAAGUCAAAACACUUUUUAAAUCAUUUCAAGUUGAUUCUCGAAUGGUUUCUGUGCUAAAACACUAAGCUGGUACAAUGUGAAUCUAAUUUCUCUAUAGGCUUUAUUAGAGAAAUUACAGGAGAUAUACACAGCAUCAGAACUGAUUGGGACAUUGCAUAAGUAGCUGAAAUAAUCCUCAAAGCCAUGAAUAACAGUGCGCAGAUUUAGAGGCCCUGUCGGUGGUGAGCUAUAAAUACACCCUUAAUGGUUUGUUUCGGGAACCAGCCCCAGACUUGCCCUCGCUAAUUAUAAUGGAUAGACGUACAUUACACAAAGCAUGCUGGUACAAACCCUUCACUGGAAAUGGUACAACUGAAUUUGGAAAAACCAAUCAGAACAUGGAUUGUAUAGCUGACGUAUGUUCCAGUAAAGGGGGCUGCAAGACCGCGUGCCACUCCAAUACGGUUUAGUUUCAUCUGUCAGCGGUGUGUCAGUCGUGGGCUCCACGCUGGUUAAUGUUUUCAGAUGUAUUGCAAGGCAACUUUGUUGGCAUGGCAACUAUUGGUUUGCCCUCCCCGUCUUCUCUUUAACCCCACAGUAAGAAGAUACUGUACAUGGUUUUAUAAUAAUGAUGCCACUUAUGAGAUAAACUGUUCCAGAACAGCUUUCAUUUUCAGCAGUGGAAAUUUGUGGAGUUGUCAGAAAGUUUACGGUCUUUUUCCAUUUUUGCCGCAGCAGACUUGACGUGAUAAUAAUACUUCUUUCCUUACAGAAUAAAUGGUCUAACACCAAAAACUAGAGAUUUUUAAGAUGAAUAUGUAUAGAUUCAAUUAAUCAGAUUCAGUGUUCUCUCCUCAAAUUGUAUUUUUGUUUAGAUCCAGUCUUCAGAGUUGGAGAGCUCUGGUAGUGAUUUUCUCUGAUUUUCAGUGCUCUGGUAGUGACCAAAGCCUUCUCCGAUCCCCACACCGCUUUCCCCAAUGAGAGUGUUUGUGCUUCUCUCAAACAAUCCCUGUGAAGAGUCCCAGUAAACAUUCAGCAUGCCCACCCCGCCCCAGCCCACCCCAUCUCCCCCUCCAGUCUUCUAAUCUAAUCCUGUCCCCACGGCGACAGCGUCGCUCGCCUUGUCUCGUGGUGAGCGGGCGGCACCACUGGCAAUCUGCUGCCAACCCUCCGGCCACAUUUAUGCCAAAUUCAUGCCUGGGCAACGUACAGCUCCAGCACAAACAAGCUACCCCUGCAGACCUUUCAGCACACAGCCCUCUCUGUUAUUACUGCCCUGACCAAAACAAGACAAGUCUCAUUUAGGGUAUUCUGUAUUGAUAUUCAUAUAGGCCUAUGAAAUAUUUUUUAGAGAGAUUGCAUUGCAACUAAUAUUAAACUGAACUCAAAUCCACUUUAGUCAUAUUUGUCUGUGGAACAGCUAUGUAAAAGACACAAUUCCAGGAGAGUUGUGUUUUAUGGAGUGGAACUUUAUGGACCUUCUCUGGCCAGAUGUCUCAUGUCCUCUUACAGCCAGUCCCUGCAGUUUAGUUAAGCUGAGUCUGUGCUGAAAUGCAGUGGGCUGUCAGUAAUCUGGCUUUAAACAGUUUUUAUGCCACCAUUCACAUCUCCUGGCUAAUCUCCCUUUGUGAUGUAACAAUGCAGCACCAAAUGAGGAGGAAACAUCAGGUUAUUUUUCAGCGCCAGCCUCCUCCCCGCCCUCGGGCUGUAGUGAUGACUGAUGCUGAUUGGAGCAUAUGCUGCCUGUUGCACACCCACCAUCUGUUCACUCUGUGGAUGGAGUCUUCCCGUUGCCACGGCGAUGGGGCCAUUCACUGGAAUGGCCCAGAACACACUUCCUGCUCAGGUUUCUGUUGUAUUACUUUUUUGUUUGUGCACAGGAAUGGCAUUGCUGCUGUAUGUUCUACAACAGCCCACAGAACUGGUAUAGCCAGCGCCUAGUCUGUGACAUGUCUGAGUGGCCUAAAUUUAUCUGCAAAUUCAUCUGCAGAUUCAUGUCGCAGUGCUUUCAUUCACUGAAAGAGCCAGCUGGACUCUGCCACAUGCAACUGCUAGAGUUUCGGUUCCCCAGUGUGUCUCUACACAAGUUUGUUGCUUAUAUUUCCAGUAUACAGUGAAACAGUUCAAAUGUUCUACUGCGUGUGUGAGAAGAGAUUUAAGUCUGGCACCACAUCAACAGAUACAGAUCUCAGCAAAGAUCCCUUUCAUGGCAACCCCCCACCCCCAACGCCCCUCCCCCCCACACCCCAGCCUAAAAUCUGCAUGUCAUUUGUUAGUGGGGUGCUUUGUGCUAAACUGCUCCAAAGCAAUGUUGUGGUUUUUAUAAUGUGUAGGUCUAAACUGAGGCCAGACAUUGCUUUUCACUUUUGAUUUGAGUCACUGUUACACGCAGAUCCAUCACUCACAUGUGUGGAGACGCUAAGAAACAGAAAAGGCCCUUCAUUGAAAUGAAGUGUCAUUGAGACGAGCCUGUGAAAAUGUUCUGUCUGCCAAUGAUACAAACAAUGCCUUCCUGUUCCGCUCAGAUCGUAGUGUUUUACACCAAAUCUAUUACCUUCUCCACAAGGGGGAUGCAUCUGACUUCGUACUUCUGUCUUUAUGUCCAUCUGUCUGUCCACAUCAAGAUAUAUCAGCAAUACCAUUUUACUACUAUGAAUUCAAGAUUGAUUUCUGCUUAAAGUUUUAAAGCUACUAUAGUACCUUAACUAGAUUGUUCUCAAAUUUUAGACUGCAAAAUUGCAAAGUUUUGUUUAGUUUUUUCCCCCUCACAAUUUAUCUGUAGAUCUUAAGGAUUCCAUAGAGGCAACAAUCCCAGAAAUUUGCUACAGCAUUGUUAUAAUGUGACGCUGGUGUACCAACUGAACCACAACCAUACUGAAAAACAUUUUUUUGCAUUUACAUAGGAAAAUAAUAGAUCUUUUUAACAGGUUACGACACCAAAGACGUAAUGAUGUGCACUAUUUUACCUAAUUAAAGCUUCUGUGUUA